AUGGAGUUCGCACCACUGAACACCCCACUGGUGCGGCGCUUGCAGGUGGUUGCCGUGCUUCAGUGGGUCAUGUCCUUCAUCUUGAUAGUUCAGGUGUCCACUGGGAUCUCAGUGAUGCUGAUCGUAUACAACUACUGGUACAUCUAUAUCCCAUAUCUCAUCUGGCUCUACUUUGACUGGCAAACUCCAGAGCAAGGAGGCAGGAGAUCUAACUGGGUCAAAAGCUGGACUGUGUGGAGGCAUUUUAAGGACUAUUUUCCACUUCAUCUCAUCAAAACCCAGGAUUUGAAUCCACGACAAAAUUAUAUAUUUGGGAUUCACCCUCAUGGAAUAUUUGCAACUGGAGUUUUCGGAAAUUUUUGCCUAAAUUACUCCGACUUCAAGAAGCAGUUUCCCGAUUUUACACCUUAUGUUCAUUCGCUUGCAUGCUUGUUCAAGGUCCCAAUCUGCCGAGAAUAUCUGAUGAGCUUGGGGUUGGUUCCCGUUUCUAAGGAGAGCAUAUCCCAUGUAGUGAGCAAAGAUGGAGGUGGGAACAUUUCCAUCAUAGUCCUUGGAGGCGCGAGGGAAUCGCUGGACGCCCACCCAGGGAAGUAUACCCUAUGUAUGCACAGUCGCAAAGGAUUUGUUAAGCUUGCCUUGAUCCAUGGUGCCAGCUUGGUCCCAGUGUUUUCUUUUGGUGAAAAUGAACUUUUUAAACAAAUUAACAACCCCGAAGGCUCAUGGCUUAGAUUUGCACAAGAGACACUGAAGAAAUCAACCGGGUUUACCUUGCCACUGUGUUACGCCAGGGGAAUAUUCCAGUACAACUUUGGCCUAGUGCCCUAUCGGAAACCGAUCUACACCGUUGUUGGCCGCCCCAUCCCUGUCCGGAGGACUCCGCACCCAACCCAAGAACAGACUGACCAGCUGCAUCAGACCUAUAUGGAGGAGCUAAAGAAACUAUUUGAUGAGCACAAAGGGAAAUACGGUAUUCCAGAACACGAAACUCUGGUUUUUAAGUGA